AUGGACAGCGAAACCUCAAGCGAAACUUCUCUGAACUGUCUGAAUAACUAUAUUGUUAAUACUAAUCAUAUUGUUACUACUUAUAACAAAGUUACUACACAUGCGGUGGAUGAUGCAUAUGCGAUAGCUGAUAUACAUGUAGUAGAUAAUACACACGCGAUAGAUGAUACACAUAUGACAGAUAAUAAUUUUAAAAAAAAGAGGAGGUUUAAAGAAAAGAAGUUGG